UUUCCAUGUAAACAAACAUGGCGCCUCGCAUGAGAGAAAUCCAUUUGUAGUUGUGGAACAUGUCUCCAAAUGGAGGACAAGCGUUGCCGGUUCGGUACUUCUGCACGGCCGCUAGUGGGAUGGAGCGGUUCUUGGUGGACGAAGUGAAGAAAAAGCUCCAAGCUGAAGAGGUGUGCCCACUGGCAGGGAAGGUUCUCUUCAGCUCCCGCGCCAAGGUCACCAGCAUCGUGCAACUGAAGUCUGCAGAGAGAAUCUUCCUGCUGGUGAAACAUGAUCCACCUUUCACGCUGGCGGCCCAGACCAACCCAGGCUGCGCAGCCUCGGCUCUGAAGAGCAGACUGUUGGCAGAUCCGGAGCCGUGGAGGACUGCCGCGGUGACCUGGAGAGUCCUGCAGAGGCAGCUGUCGGGUCCUCAUCGGAAAGUCACAUCGCUGAAGGAGGAGCUCUUGAGCUGGGGUGAAGCUCAGAGGCUGGAGACAUGUGCUGAAGUGAGAGGAGUCUUCAGAGGUGAAGAUGAUGAGCCUGGGAGGAAGAGGAAGAGGAGAGAUGGGCUGGACAAUGAGAGGAACAAGAAGGAGAAGAGCAGUGACAAAGAUUCGGAACAUUCCGCUCCAGGACGACUGGUGGGCGGCUGCACUGAGGACUCUCUAGAAUUGAAGGCGAGUGAGAGCGAGGACCAGACGCCGCAGCAGUCAGAUGAAGUGUCCUUCAGGAUCAGCUGCAAAUGUUCUGGAGCCUUGUCCAGAUGCCUCAGUGUUCAGGAGAUCAGCCGGGCUCUAGGCUGCGGACUGAGCCGGGCUCUGGACUGGAAGGUGGAUCUGAAGAAUCCUCAGCUGGAGGUCAGCGUGUACCUGAGUGAUGACCUCUGCCUGCUUGGGAUCCCUCUGACCCGGCUGCCUCUUGCCAGUCGGAGCUACAUGAGAACCACGGGGCUCAGGUCUACGGUGGCCUGGGCCAUGGGCUCUCUGGCAGCCAUACAGCCGGGUUUUUGGGUGAUCGACCCGAUGUGUGGCGUGGGGACACUUUUGAUUGAAGGAGCUCAGGAACACCAGGAUGUCCACUUCCUGGGUGUGGACAUAGACGACGGUCAGCUGCUGAAGGCCAGCGAGAACCUGGCAUUCGCAGAUUUUGGAAACAGGAUACAUCUGCUGAAAGCUUCGUCCAUGGCUCUUCCUCUGUCCAGCUGCAGCGUAGACGCUGUCAUCUGUGACCUGCCAUUCGGCAGGAAGUUCGGCACCAAGACCAGCAUGAUGGCCGACCUGCCUCUGAUUCUUGGUGAGAUGGAAAGGAUUCUCCGUGUCGGUGGGCGCCUGGUUCUGCUCCUGACUCCUCAGCUGUCCUGCCUCCUGAAGAAACUGUUGACUCCUCAAGUCUCUGGACCACCAUCGCAGCUGGACCCCCGGGGCUCCUGGUCUGUGCAGGACACAGAGCAAGCAACUGGGCUACAGCCCCUCUCCCGACUGAAGCACCAGGAGACUCACAGAGUCAGCCUGGGCGCCAUAGACGGACUCAUUCAUACAUACCUCAAGACUGAACCUGAUCUGUGAAUUCAGGUGGAAGGUGAAGCAACACUGUUUAUGGAUGAAAAUGUUUUUUAAUCUUUGUUUUGAUAUUUUCAACCAACUACACGGAAGGAAAAGUAAAUGGGCAUCAUUAUUUGUAAGAAAAGGAAUAAAAGCUGGUAUGAACCCAUUCAUUUUUGCUGUGGCACGUGGAGAUUCGUGGAUCCCAGCCAGAAAAUAAUUGUAUGAGGCCACUUCUGAUCCGUGGAAAGCAUCUUCACGAAGACGGCAGCUGAAGUGGAACUGGUGAGCAAGUCAAAGGGAUCAAGAGUGAGUGUUGCUGAAUUGACAGGCUUUACCCUCUCAACCUGCUGGAGCUCAAGCGUCAACUUGCGCCACCUCGGCGUGUCACCACCCUCAUCAGCCAUCUGCCAGUGUUGGAGCCAGGCU